AUGGCGCCGGUGUCCAGGUCCCGCUCCUCCGAGGACACCCCGGGCUCCCGGAGACGGCGACGCAGCUCAUCGAGGAGCAGCCGUUCCCGCUCUCGCGGCCGCGAGGGCCUCAAGCCUCCGUGGGGGUGGUCGGCCGGCGCUCCUUCCCGCCGCAGCGGCUCCGGGUCUCGAGAGCCGCCCCCCGGGCUCCGCGACGGCUUGUUCUCUCCCACCUCCCGCGGCGGGCACCGCCGUCACCACCAGUACACCGGCGACCGGCGGUGGGCCGACGACGACGCGGUGGGGAAGGAGGAGAGCUGUCGGCAGAGGAGGCUGAAGGGGAGGGAGAGGAUCGGGGAGUUGGGAGCCCCCGAGGUGUGGGGGCUGUCUCCAAAGUACCCUGAGCCGGAUUCUGAUGAACACACCCCUUUUGAAAACGAAGAGGUAAAAACUCAGCGCACCAGCAGUUCAGAUUCCAGCUCCGAAGAAAAAGGGGGAAAGAAGAUCAGUCGUUCAAAAAGCAAAAAAAAAAGAAAGAAAAAGGCCAAAAGAAAACAUAGGAAGUAUGAUGAUGGUAGUGACAGUGAUUCAGACUCUGACACGAAUUCUAGUUCUGAUGAUGGGGAAAAGAGAGCCAAAAAAGCCAAGAACAGAAAGAAGAAAAAGAAACACAGAGGGGAGAAAAACAAAAAAAAGAAGAUUAAAAAAGAGCCCGCUGACUCCAGCUAUAAGGGUUCAGGAGGAACGUUGCCAGAAGAUACCUGCAUUGAGCACUCAAAGAUUGCAGAUACCAUGGAUCUCAUAGGUCCAGAAGCACCUGUAAUACUCACCUCUCAAGAUGAGAAACCUUUGAACUAUGGCCAUGCUCUGCUCCCAGGUGAAGGUGCAGCUAUGGCUGAGUAUGUAAAAGCUGGGAAGCGUAUCCCACGAAGAGGUGAAAUUGGGCUGACAAGUGAAGAGAUUGCUUCAUUUGAAUGCUCGGGUUAUGUUAUGAGUGGUAGCAGGCAUCGCAGAAUGGAGGCUGUACGACUGCGUAAAGAGAACCAGAUCUAUAGUGCGGAUGAGAAAAGAGCCCUUGCCUCCUUUAACCAAGAAGAGAGACGGAAGAGAGAGAAUAACAUUCUGGCCAGUUUCCGAGAGAUGGUGUACAGAAAGACAAAAGGGAAAGAUGACAAAUAGGGACAUUUGUUCUACAGGACUUUGAGUAACAAUUUUACAUGACCAAAUAGUAUUAAAAGGCUUUACAGUGCUACUGUACCUACUAUGUUAGUAAGUCCUUCAAGAAAAAGCUGUUUUUUGAGAUCUCUUUAGCAAUUUCUUUUUAUUUUUAACUU